AUGCUAACACUGCGGACAGUCUGGAUUCACUCUUGGUUUGCUUAUGUCUGCCUCUUGGGGCGCAGACGCACAAAUUACACAUGUAAGGAAAAGCGUGCAUCCGCUGAAACCGCGACACGCUGGUCACGACUCAUAAGUGGACCGUCAACUGGUACCGACACUCAGCUGAUCUCUCCUCGCCGUGAUCAAGUCUUGACUCGGCUACGAGCACAGCCAUGGAGCAUAGGAACUUUGCAAGGACAUUUCAACACUGGAACAAUCAUUCCACGGCUACGACUGCUCUUACGUAAAUAA